CAUUGAGUGGCUUAAUCAAAUCCGGUUAAACCAAUUCCCGAAAAUUACAACAUUUUUUUUUUACAACAUUUUUCCCCACCCUCUUGAAAACAGUACAAAAUGGGAAUCGUACAAUGUAAUCCCGCACCCUCUCCUAUUGCCUCAAACACGUAGAGGACACUUUCUUUAAUUUCAUGCGUGAUCCCCCACCCUACCAUGGUUUUCUUAUUUAAAAAGAAAAGAAAAGGACAGAGCUAAGCCACAUUUACGCUCACGUCUGUGCGUGCUUGAGUGUGUGUGUGUGUAUAUGUGAGCGGGGGAGAAAUCAAUCUUUCUCUCUUUGUUUUUUCUGCAUUUUAUAUAUAUAUAUAUAUAUAUCUCGACGAUAUGGGAGUUACUUGUCUUGUGCGUUGGAAGAAUGCAACGGGUAUGCGUGAUUUCACCUUGAUUGCUGAACAUGUAACCAAGACGUUACAUGGAAAGAACACGGGACCAUGGUCACUUUCGUUCAAGGUCUUUCGCGACAACCAUCGUAAACAGACGGUUGCUUUAAAAGACAGCAAGUUAUUGUGUCAAGUGUCUUUGGCACAACAACCUGGUCAUGUCUAUUGUAUGGUCGAUGACAGUGUUGUAGUCGAAGCCGAGAAGGAAAUGGAACUCAUUCUUUCGCGAUUGAAGAAUUUGUGGCAAUUAAGACAGAGUGUGACCAUUGAAGGUACCAGUUAUGAAAUUGGUGAUUUCACCUUGCGCGUUGCCAAUAUCUUGAUUGGCUCGACCUACAAGGGCCUGUUAUUGGAGAUUGAUUAUCAUCCAUGUUCCACACCUAAUAAUGCAAAUGAAUUGUUCAAGGAAUUUGUGGAAUCUAUUGUACCUCCUACCGCACAAUUGUCAUGUGAAUACGAUUAUAACUAUGAAUCCGUGGGUCUCAGCAAUCGUGAGUUUACCACGGCUCACACGAGUUAUCAAUACAUGCAAUUAUUUAGAAAAGAUGGCCUCUUCUAAAGAAAUAAAAACAUUAUACCCUCCCCUUA